CUGAAGUUGAAUAAGGAGUCGCUUCGGUGGAGGCGGAAGUUCUUGACCUCUACUCUCAAGUGGAAGCGAGUCAAUUUGCAGAUAUCGCUGGUCGACAACGUCCUCUUCAAGGUCGCGUCGGUUCUCGAGGCGAUUGUGCUAGUAGCCACCCUUUCUUUCUUUCUACCUCUGUUGCGGCUGCCACUUUUGAUCAUCGAUUUCAAGAAAGAACUGGAAAAUUGGAGUUCCCUCUCAAGAUUCGACCUUUUUGUUUUCUUUUUACGGGGAUGGAAAUAUGGAUUCUUUCUUCUUUUUCUUCUAAUCUUUGUAUAA